AAAAAUAAUAAUGAGGUACAGCGUAAACGAGUGCCUUCAAGAGAAAUAGCGUGUAUUUCCAGACACUGUAGCAUUUUCGUUUUGCCGAAAAGCAAUCCGUAAAAUAAAUCUUGCGCGCUAGGUUGAUUGUAACGGGAAAUCGGGAAGAACCCUCAACCCAUUUACGUUGUUUAACAUAGCAGAACCACAAUGUCAAACGACAAAACCAGCGCCAUGAGCAACGGAUCAGACUCUAGCGGAGAUGAAAACCAUGAGAGAGGGAACUGGUCUCGGAAACUGGACUUUGUUCUGUCCUGUUUAUCCUAUGCCGUUGGACUUGGGAAUGUGUGGAGGUUUCCCUAUGUCUGCUACAGGAAUGGAGCAGGAGCAUUUUUGAUUCCAUUCGUUAUUAUGCUGUUCAUCACUGGUAUCCCCCUGGUGUUCAUGGAGCUGUCCCUUGGUCAGUACGCCAGUGCCGGAGUCGUGAGGGUGUGGAGAGCAUCCCCCAUAUUUCAAGGCGUUGGCUGGGCCAUGUUCGUGGUGUCAGUGUUCAUCUGUAUCUACUACAACAUGAUCAUCGCCUAUACACUGUAUUAUCUCUUCGCCUCGUUUGCUGCCAAUUUGCCGUGGGCUGAGUGUGGAGAGUGGGCCACUGAAGCCUGCAGUACCGAGACGAAGGUGCAGAUAUUGAAGUGUAAGCGAUACAACGGGACGUGGUGUGACAACCAGUGUGUUAACGCCACAGCGGUCGACUUCUCCUACAUGAACUGUACUUUCUACAACGGCACCAGCAAACUCAAAUCACCCAGCGAUGACUAUUUCCAUCAGAGUGUCCUUGACAUUACUGAUGGGAUUCACACAAUUGGAGGGAUCAAAUGGGAACUUGUUGGUUGCCUUCUUUUGGCGUGGGUGCUGGUCUGUAUAUGUCUAGCCAAAGGCAUCAAAACAUCAGGAAAAGCUGUUUACUUCACCGCCUUUUUCCCGUACGUGGUUUUGCUCAUCCUGCUGAUCCGAGGUCUGACCCUUCCCGGAGCAAUGAACGGAAUCGUGUACUACCUCACCCCACAGUGGGAUAAACUGGGCAGGGCACAGGUAUGGGGAGAUGCUGCUGUGCAGAUUUUUUUCUCUCUGUCUCCUUGCUGGGGUGGACUCAUUACACUGGCUAGCUACAACAAGUUCAACAAUAAUGCUUUGAUGGAUGCCAUCAUAGUUUCUGUCUUGGACUCGGUCACAAGUGUCUUUGCCGGUUUGGUCAUCUUCAGUAUCAUUGGCUACAUGGCAGAGGUGCUGGAACAACCCAUUAAAGAUGUGGCAACUGAAGGUGCAGGAUUGGCCUUUGUAGCAUACCCUGAUGUAGUGACAAAACUCCCCCUUUCACAAUUGUGGUCUGUGCUUUUCUUUGCUAUGCUAAUCACCUUGGGACUUGGAACUCAGAUUGCGACUGCAACUACUGUACAUACCACCUUGUUGGAUCAGUUCCCACAGUGUCGUAAAGGAUACAGGAAGACGAUUCUACUGGUUGUUAUAGCAGUGGUCUGCUUCUUAAUUGGCCUCAUCUUCUGCUCUCAGGGAGGCAUGUAUAUGCUGCAACUCUUUGACAACUAUGCUGCCACCUACUCUCUGCUAUUUAUCGGAAUGAUCGAGUGUAUUGGCAUUGCUUGGGUAUACGGUGCUGACAGAUUCUUGACGGACAUAGAACUGAUGUUGGGGUCGCGUCCUAGCAACAUAUGGAAAUACAGCUGGAAGUUUGUGGCUCCUGUGGCCUUGUUGGCCAUCCUGUUGUUCACGGCCAUUGACUUCAGCCCCACGGAGUACAACAAGAUGAAGUUCCCCAGCUGGGCUGACGGUGUGGGCUCCCUGAUCUCUAUCUCCUCCAUCAGCAUGAUCCCCAUCGUGGCCAUCAUAAUGGUCAUCAGAGAGAGGAGGAAGUUCUCCGGAACCUUUAUGGAACUAAUAAAGUACCUGUCUAAGCCAUUGGAUACCUGGGGUCCAUAUCUGAAAGAGCACCGUGCUCAGAGGCAGAUGAUGGGGGAUGGCUACAAUCAGGAGUGUCAGAUACCUCUCAAGGAGCAGGGUGAUGGCCAGAAGGUUUAAUUACAUAUACCUUAAACAGAUAGGAAUCACACUUCAGCCAGUAGCCAAUAAUUGAUCUUGAAGUUUAUAAAAAUGAAGGACAGAAGGGAUUCCGAAAGUGCAAUUUAACAAUUGCAUAACACCAUCUAUGGGCAGAAAUUUAUCACAAUUGGUUUUGAUCUAAAAAUAAGACUAUAAGGAUAUAGAAAAUGCAAAAGUUAUUUUUGCGUAAUACCAAACAUCAUUAAAAUCCAUGGGCUGAAAUGUAUCCAAAUUUGUUUUGAUAUGAAAAGAAUGAUCGACUGAAAGGACAUUGGCAUUGCAAUCAAUUUUUAUUUAUUUUUCAUAACACUUAACAAAUUAAAAAUUCUUAAAAUUGAAAAACCAAGGGGCUGAAAUAUACCAAAAAUGUUGUAGAAAAAAAGUUGUAUAUCAAUGAUUUAUGUAGAUGAAAGCUGUUGUCCUUUGCAAUCAUUCCAUUGCGAAAUCAAACCUUUGUGAAAUGAGUGAAUUUAUAAGGCAGUUGUGAAUCCAUAGAAUUCAAUGUUUUUGAUCAUAUCUUGUUGACAUUUAGUCCAUAUAAAUGCCAAAAUCAAAUCUGACUUUGAAUACCUGUAAUACAUAGUAUAUUGAAAAUGUGUUAAGACAUGUACUUGUACUGUGAUUAUUGUAUAUUUCCAUACCUCAUUAACAAGAGUCUUCUGUGGAAUUCCAUCCAUCAUAUGCAAAUCUGAUUUUUUCUAUCAGCAUGCAUGUAUUAUUUAUAAGCAUUAUUGAUAACUUAUUUGAAAUUGAUUCUUCCACUUGAUACUCUAUUUAGGAGCAUGAACAUGUAUGGUGUAUUUUUAAAAAAAAGUAUAAUAUGCUUCAUGAUCCACAUGUAGGUGAACAUUUUCUGAUGGUCAAACUUGUGAUUUGAAUAUGAAAGAAAGGUUAUACAAUUGAAAGAUAAAAAAAAAAUCAUAAAAAAGAAAACUAUGGAUACAGAUGAAAACUAUACAUCAUUAUGCAGUGUGGUGUAUACAGCAUCUUGUGCCUUUAUUGUUCAGUAUUAUAGAAUCAGCACCAACUACAACAUCAAGCUUUUUUUUCCUAACUAUGCAGAUGAAGUCUAUCCAAUCAAAUUCUCCCUUGCAGAAAUCACUUGAGUUCUGGUUCCCACACCCAUAACUAGGAAAUCAGUGCAUAAUAAAUCAGUGCAUAAUAUAGAGAAGCCAUUUUAGUUCAUGCUUGCUUUCCCCUUGCCAUUACAACUAUUGCUUUAUGUCCUGCUUUUGUCCAGCUUCACAAUGUGCUUUAAAGAAAAUUGAUUUGUUUGGCUUUACUUUUACAAUAAUUAGAAUUGAUGUAAGUUUGUGAGGUGCUAUUGUCGCUUGUCUUCAUCUUCACUGCUUCACAACACAGGACACCCAUCAGCCAUAAGUGCUUUAUUUGAGAAGUGCUGACCGAGAAUUACUUAGAUAUACAAAUGCACAGUGCUGUUUCAAUUAUUAGUGAACUUUACAUUUCGUUAGUGCUAAAUGUUUGUUUUGAGUUUCAGUCACAGAUUUCUCAAAUAGGGUAUGGAUAUCUGUAUUGGUAGUUCUAUGGCAGAAUUUUAGACAAAAAAAUAAUGUGUGCUAUUUUUGUUAAUUAUAAAUAACUUUAUUUUUAUAGGACAUUAAGAUAUAAAAACUAAGAACUUCUAGAUAAACUGCUAGAUAAACAUGCCCAUAGUUAGUGCUGUUGUUAAUUUCAAAAGUUUGUUAGUGCCAGAUAUUGUUUUUACACUAUUGCAUAAUUCAUACAGACAUAAUGUAACUUUUUUGAGUUUUACAGGAACAUUUCAGUGCUGUUGUUCUGUUUAAGAGAAAUAAAGUAUUAAUUUAAAUAAUAAUAGAAAUCACUGUUUCUUCUUUGUUGAAUCUCAUUUUAUGUAAGCAGUGAAUCUCAAUGUUAUUUUUAUUUCUUUAUACCAGUUUUAAUAGAUUUACUCUUUAUAUUUUAUAAUGCAAUUCUGAUUGAUAAUGUUGUUUUAAUUAGUUGUUCAAAUUAAGCAUGGUUUACUUCUAUAGUUUUAACACUUAUGUUUAUCCCUUAUCAGGAUCAAGUGAACUGAUGCUCCAUUUUUCAUUUACUAGUCUUUUUGUUGUUGCAUACCAAUAUGACAUAUACAUAUUAUUAUUUUGUGUGUGUAAAUCCACUAGACUUAUUGUGUGAACAAAUACCUGUGUAACCAAACCAUAUAAUAGGAGAGAGGGCCUCAUACCUGCAUUUUUCAUGGUGAACAGGUUUUGAUGAUUUGAAGAAUAUUUUAUCAUCAUUUUGUUUUAGAAAUUACGUGAACAAAGUAGUCAACGUAUUUUCUCGGAGAAUUUCUCCAUGGCCAUGGCCUGUCAUUAUCUAUAGUGACUGAAAAAUUUCAACAAUCAAUUGUGUGUGUCAUGUUUUUUUUUUUCAACGUAAUUAAAUAUAAUUAUCACAGUGAAAUGGUUAAAUUUUCACAUUUAAAGUCUAAAAAAAAUCUACUUCAGAUUAACUUGAGAUAUUGAAUGAAACAGAUUAGAAUUAAAAAGAAGACCAGAAACUGUUGUUUUAAUGUGUUUUGAAGUGAACGAUUUGUUGUUUUCAUUGAGACAAUUUACUUGCAUUCGUACUGAUGUGACUCUGUGAGUUGCUUAGGUUCAAUUCUUUGUUGGUAUCCAUGACAACAUCGUAAGGAUUGUCCAGUAACAAUAAUAUUAUCAAAAAUGUGUGUCCUUGAUUUUGUAGUUUGUUGUACCUCGAAACCUUCUUGCUAUUAAAAAAAAGCUACUACUUUGUUUAAAAUUGUCAUGGUUUUUUUACUGUCCUUAGUUUUUUUCAUAUUGAAUUAUACUCUUUAGCUUUAUAGGUGUUAAAGGUUAUACAUCCCACAAUUCAGUCUUAUCUUUGAAUUGUAAUUACGUUUGAGUUUUAAAUACUUUUUGGUUCUCAAAUGAAAUAUUUUUUUCAUUGUUUUAUCCAAACACUGAUAAAUUUAGCAUUAUCAACUUGAUAAAGCUUAAUAACACUAUUGAAUUAGUAUCUAAAAAUUUUUUCUUUGAUUCUACAUAUUUUUUUUAUGUUGCAGUAUUGUUUUAAAUUUUGGAACUCUGUCUGUUACAUGUAUAUACCUUUCAUACACUAGAACACAAAAUUAUGGUGGAAUGUACAACCUUAAAUCUGUUGUAGCAUGUAGUGUGAUACUUCGUACCCAAUUUUGCAAUUAAACAUCACCUUUUGUUUUUCUUCCUAUGAUGAAUUGUAGAAGUUAUUGUAUCUAUUACAUGUCAAAGAAAAACUGUAGUCAUUAUUAAAAAAAGCCAACCCUGUUAUACUUACAGGAUUGACUAAGAUUAUUAUAAUUUUGAUUUAGUUUAAAGGGAUGGGACAAUGUUUAAAAUUUGAGCCUUUGCUCCCAAGGAAAGACACUUUCUUUUAUCAUUGUUAUUUGUAAAUCUGUAAAAAUAGAUUUUUUGUUUCACACAUUAUCUUGGGAAUUUUUUACUUGACAUUAAUCGAAUGAUAAUUCUUUUUACACUUGUUUUAAAAAAAAAUCAGUCUUGAUGUACAAUUUUUCAGGAAAUAAAAUCCUCAACACAGA